UGAUGGAGAUGCCCCUAAAUUGUACACAGUGGAAUGUGGAAGUUUCCCAAUUCAUCAAAACAUUUCAAGAAUUCUUGAAAUGAACCACUACCUUUAUUUCAUGUUUUUUUAAUCGUGUGAAUAUUUCAUUGCAUUACUUCUGUCCUAAUCGGUUUCUCUUUAUUGCAGCCAUGUCAGAUGUAGAAGAGGAGUACGAGGAGCAGGCAGAGGAGGCUGAAGAGGAGCAGGAGGGAGAGCCUGAGCCAGAGGCCGAGCUUGAGGAGGAGGAGGAGGAGACUGAGCAGGCAGAGGAGGAUGGAGGAGAGCAACAAGAGUACCAAGAUCAAGAUGCCCAGGAGGAAGAGGAGGAGCGCCCCAAACCCAAACCUAUGGUGCCUCAACUUGCCCCUCCAAAGAUUCCUGAGGGGGAUAGGGUGGAUUUUGACGACAUCCACAGAAAGCGUAUGGAGAAGGAUUUACUCGAGCUCCAUACUCUGAUUGAUGCCCACUUCGAGCAGAGGAAGAAGGAUGAGGAGGAGCUUAUUGGCCUCAAGGACCGAAUUGUGAGUUCAGUUAAAACUGGGAGUUGCCAGAGAUAUGAAGAAUUAACAGUGGGGAUGGAGAUGAUGAGCAAUUAG